AUGUCGGCCAUGCUGCCAUGGCAGAUACCAGCUCCACCAGCUCCCAUAAUACCCCAAUAUGAUCCUCGCAAACUCGCUCUCCUCGUCGAGACUCGACCAUUACCACACUUGCCAGCUCUUUUCACACAUAUGACGACCAUUAUACCUCCUGAAUGGACAUUCAAGUUUAUGGGUUCCCCUGCUGCGCUCUCCUUUAUGCGAUCAUCUCCUGUCAUAUCCCGGUUUGAGGAUUCUGGGAAGCUUCAACUUCUUCCGAUUCCAGGCAACUAUUCUCUGAAGGACAGAGAGACAAUAUCCCAGAUGUUUACCGACAUUCAUCUCUACAGAGAUCUCCUUGCACCUGCAGAGCACCUUUUGGUGUGGCAGCCGGACAGUAUAUUUUGCGCGAAUGCUGCAAAAACAUUGAACGAUUAUUUGGAGUGGGAUUGGAUAGGGGCGCCUUGGUCCAAGACUGCGCAAUACGGCGGAAAUGGAGGUCUGAGUCUGCGAAAAGUAAGCAAGAUACUGGAGGUGCUGAGGUCGAAACAAAGAAAAGUAGGAGAUGGUGCUUUAGAAGAUCUGUGGUUGACGAAUAAUCUCCACGAACUUCCAGGUUCACACAUGCCGAAUGCCGCAGUCAGCAAGACUUUCAGUGUUGAAAGUGUCUGGGACGAUGCGCCUCUUGGAUACCAUGUCGGAUGGCUUGGAGUACACCACGAACAGAUCUGGGACGACAAAGGCCAGGUUGAUCACAUCAUGAAAUACUGCCCGGAGGUCAAGAUGAUUCUUGGCAUGAAAUUGGAUAACGACAAGCCAGAAGCAAUUCGACAGUCGGAAAACCCUAGUCAGUGAAAACUAGGUACAAAGCUUAAGCCGGGAACUGCUAUUAGUAGCUUAAUCUCGCUCGCCUUUGCUUCGUCUAAGCUGCACUAUUGCUCUUAGACAGAAAGCAGCUCUAAUGCGCAUGAAAAAGAGCUUCGAUGCACGGCAAAGACGCUCAAGAUUACUAAGGAAUGGACGAGGUUCAUGCACCUGUUCAGAUGACUCCAUUCCGUGGACCCUCAAGAAGUAGACAGUGGGACAUAACUCCCAGCCUCAAAUCAAUUUUGGAUCCAAUCAUCUUAUGAUUUUGUGAACGACCCCACUGGUGAGAAUU